AUGGAGACUACGCACGGGCUUGACGACAUAUUUGGCUACAUGCCUUUUGAUCAUUUCCUCGUGGACAAAUGGGAUCCAGAAUCGUCUCUAGACCAGAAAGCGCAAGAAGAGAGGCUGGUGAAAACAUGGAUUAGCCUUGGCAGACAUGGUCGUUCUACCUACAUCGAGCGGUGCAGGCAACAUGGCCAGGUGCCUGUCCCUAGACAUAUUCCCACGGAUCUAUCGGUAUUCGAGAAGCGCAAAACAGUGGACCCGGAUGAAUGGAGUGAUGCCGGUGCCAUCUGGAUUCGCACAUGGUAUGGCAGCGAAACGGAGGAGAAAGACCGGCUCAAGGAGGAGACGGUCACUCGCGCAGAUGCCGACGCUGCGUAUGCCCGUUUAUGGCAGAAAGCCCUGUGGCCCCUGGAAAAUGGCGGAUUCGAUGAUGGCAUGUUCGGCCCGUAUGUAUUUGACGAUAAUGUCGCCGCCUACGCCGUUCCAGCACGAGAUGCAGACGAUGAAGUGGAGCUAAUGGACGGAGUACCCUCUUUCAUCUUGGGCGCUCUGGUCCGGUGCCCCGACGCCAUGGAAGGCAGCAGCGGGCGCGACGCUGAAGACGAAGAGGAACUAACAUGGUCACAAGCGUUGCUCGUAGUAAUCGCUGACCGCGAGGCAUGUGAGGAUGGCUGGGUAUUGCUGAUAGCUAUCAAUCACAGAGGCCAAGUAUUACACAAGCGUGUCAGGUGCAAGGCUUCUGAUGUUGGACGGAAUGUGGCCUUUUGGAGGGAUGGGGGUGAGCCGCUGGACAUUGAGAAUCAGAGAGAGAAUGUCAUGGACUACCGAGAUCUCAAUCAAUCAGGCAAUGGCUGGGAUGACGGAUGA